AUGGGGUCGCAAAAUCGCACGAACAAGGCGCGCACGAAGCGCGAGGCGGUGCCGAACAACGCGAAGGCGCGCAAACAAAUCGCCAAGUUGGAGAGCGCGAAAAAGCCGGGAAUCACGUACGCGCAGAAACGCAAGGCUGAGAAGGCGGCGCGAGACACGUUGAAAAUGUCUGGGAACAGCGCGCGAGCGUCGAACGACCAAGCGAUGCGACGGGAAGGUGGGGUGAAAUACGGGGCGUUGGAAGUCAGGUACAGGGCGCUCGCGAAGAAGCUGCGGCAGAUUGAAGACUUGGAGCGAAAGCGAAGCGAGGGCACUCGCAUGGAUGCGCAACAGACGAAGAAGCUGAAGCGUAAGGAGUACUUGGAGGCGGAGAUGAAGAAUUUGGAAAAGUUAAUCUCUGGCGAGGCCGGGGACGAGGAGGAAGAGGACGAAGGGGAAGACGACGAAGAAAUGUCCGAGGAGGACGAAGAGGAAGAUGACGACGACGACGACGACGACGAAGAGGAGGAAGAAGACGAGGAUGAUGAAGAGGAGGAAGAGGAAGACGAGGACGAAGACGAGGAAGAGAGUUCAGAGGAAGAAGACGAAGACGAGGACGAGGAAGAAGACGAUUCGGAAUCAGAAUGA